CUCGGGCGUACCUCAAGAUAAACAACAGAUGUCACGCGCUAAACCCCUGAGUAACCAUUCAAUAUUUUGCAGGUUCUAAAUGAUGGCGGGGUUUUCCGUCACACGAAAGCUAAUCCCCACAAGAAUACCCUCUAUCUUGUGCCGUCGAGUGUCUUCUUUCUUCACAGAGGACUACACUCCACCUCAGCUCGAUCAUGUCACUUCUGAUUGGGAAAAACUUUAUAAGCAGAGUAUCAAAGAUCCCGAAACUUUCUGGGGACGGCUUGGUGCGACGCGGUUAGAUUGGAUGAAACCUUUCGAUUCAGUUAUGGACGUAGAUUUGCAAAAGGGCCAGCAUAAAUGGUUUUUAGGUGGCAAACUCAAUGUUUCAGGUACAGAGAUAGUUGAUGAUUUUUACCUUUCUUAAUCGUACGCUAGAUUCUUGGAGCGAGAGUAUUGAGUGAGAAAUGUCUAGGAUCAGGUCCUAUUAAUAUUUCCUUAGGGUGGAGAGGGUAAUUGGGCGGUUACUUUCUAGUUAAUGUUAGAUCAUUCUUGUUCAUAGAGACUAACAUAAAUUAGAGGUAGCGUAAGGGUGCAUUCCUGGUUAGGGCUUUUAUUCUUCUUUUUUUUUGUAAAAUUUGCUAUUAAUUCCUUAAUUCCCACAAUUGACAAGUGAGUUAUCAUCUCCUCAUUAUACCCAUAUAUAUAACCAAAGAUUCAACAAGAACAAACAAUCUUGUCAGCCAUGGCCUAUUAGUUCAAAGGACAGAUAGGGUUAUCUCAGGGAUGAAUUGUUAUCUAACAGACAAGUGCUAGUAAAACAUACUGCACUAUCCACUGAGCAGAUAUUUAUCCAGUGGAUAGCAUUAUCCACUUUUGAACAGCUGAUGCUAGGGGUCUUAUUUGUUCAUAAUACCAAAAUCUCCUCACUUAUAUGGAAAUGUGUAGCAGUUAGGAGGGAAAAUUACUGGUGAACUCUAGGAGGUUAGAGGAUGAAUUUGAUUAAAAAAAGGAUCCAUUUGCAAAACAGAGCAGGGUUUGUCUGGAGUCAGUAUGUUUGGUUUCUCACAUAACAAAUUGGAUAUUAAAGGACAGAAUUUUGUCCUGUAUCUAUUGGCAGCACUUCUCUUUUGGAUUUUGAUGCUUCUUCUGAUAUUUUUUUGUUGGAUUCCUCUAUAUUACUGGCAUGAGGUUGUAAGAAGAAGGUUACUUUUGUCUCAUAUAACUGUCACCCUGGAGAUUAAGAAUACAACUCCAAAGCCUUGUGCAGUGGCCUGAUGGUGAGUGCACUUGACUUAGUGUUGAGAGGUGUGGGCUUGAGACUUGACCAGGUACUGUAUUGUGUUCUUGGGCAAAACUUGUUACUUUCACAGUGCCUCUCUUAACCCAGGAAGGUAAAUGGAAUCUGGUGCAUCAUCAGGGAAGCCUGAUAAAUGCUUGGGAUAACCCUACCUACCUACUACAAAGCUUAAAAUCUUGGUUAAUAUAUUUUAUUGUUACGCUUAAUUUUAGUGCAAGCUUAGUUAAACUCAAGCUGUUGCUGGCUAGGAUUUACAUCAACCAGCAGAAGCUGGUGAGAAUUUACAGUACCUCUGCUCAGGUCACUAUUUAUUAUAUCCCUGUGUCAUUUCAUAUCAUAAAUGCUUGCAAAGUUUUUCAUGUGCUUGCUUGCAUACUCUGCCAAAUCAAAGCAAGAGUAAUAUUCAUUUUCACUCUCAUGAAGGGCUAAUGCUUGAAACGUCAGCUUCGAAACUCCUUACUGUGGCCAAUAUACAUUAUCAACUUACUUGAUAAUACCAAAUUACCUUGUUAUACUCUCCCCCUGACACAGCACCACACACAGUUUCUUUAGAAAUUUACCCCCUUUAUUAUUUUGAAUUGUGUUUUUUAGUAAACUGUGUUGACAGACACAUGGAGGCAGAUCCUGAUCGCUGUGCCUUGAUAUGGGAGAAAGAUGAACCCGGGGAUGUGGAAAGGAUCUCUUACAGGUAUUCUCCCAACUCUCUGCCUUAAAAUUACAAUUACAAUCUGCCUUGUUAGUGUGGAGAAUUUGGUAUUGGACCAGCUGAUAAUCCCCUUUAUUGAUAUUUUUCUUUAUUCUCAUUACUUGUCUCCUUGUUAUUGUAUGGAUAUUGUUAGGAGAAAUUCGGUCUUGGUUGCUCGUGGGAGUUAAAGAGUUAUUGUAAAUUAGCCACACUGUUUUUUUGACUCAUAUCUUGAAAUGUUCUCAAAAAGAAAUAAGCAAGAAAUCAAGCAGUAUCUUUCCAUGGAUAUUUUUCUGUGCAUGUGGUUACUGUAUUCACCAAUGAAAAAAAUUGACCUCCACAGAUAUUUAAUUGGCUGCAUUUUAGCUUUUUUAAAAAACACUUUAUUCACCUCUGAUUUGUUGAACAAUUGUUCUAAUUAAUUUUCAGAGAGUUGUAUGAAAUGGUCAACAAGAUGGCAAAUGUUUUCAAGAGCCAUGGAAUCAAAAAAGGAGAUGUUGUAUGUAUCUACAUGCCAGUCAGUCCAUUAGCUGUUGCUGCCAUGUUGGCUUGUGCAAGAAUUGGUGCACCUCACAGGUAAAGACUUACUAAGGGACACUUAUCUCCCUUCUUUGAAGCAUGACAGGUAAAAGAAAAUUUUAAACCAGAAGGGCAACCCUUUUAUCUGUUGGAUUUUUAAGAAUUCCAAGGAAUUUUAGGCAGUAAUAAGGUAACUAUGGCAGUAAUAUUAAUUUUAGUGCUUACUGCCUGACAUCAUAAAACAGAUCUACUUGAAAAAGGUAGAGACAUUUUAUGAAGUCUUAACAUGGACUUAUGAUGAAUUAAUGAAAAUAUCCAGUUUCUGUAUUUACCUGUCUUGGACCUUCAGUUUGUUAAACAGAGUACAGUUACUGUAGUGCUGGAGGAUGGUGUGAUAGCAGUAGUGAGGCCAAAAAAAGGAUUCACUACAAAAAAAUAGAAAAUAGACCAGCCCAGUGACAGGAAAAGAAAUGACAAAGCGUAUGGCUGCCUGUCUUUGGCCUGUCCUAAUGCAAAGCUAAUUUAAGCUUUUUUUUAAUUGCAGUGUCGUAUUUGCUGGGUUCAGCUCAGAAGCUUUAGCCAGCAGAAUAAAUGAUGGUAAGUUGAAAAUCUGUGUUCUCUUUUUUAAGCCAAGUAUACCACAAUUAGUGGGCAAAAACAUUGCCCUACUCAACUUUGUCAAGGGUGCAAAUUUUUUUUUUUUAAAUCACUAUUUGGUCAAUUUCAUUUACCAGGGACAUGAACAGUUUGCUCAUUUUUUCUUUGAAUACUUGUUAGGUUGUUGUGAUAUUUUCAUUUUCCCUUAGUAGCUAAUGUGGCUACUUAUGUUCUAGUUAAUUAGGCAAUUGAGAUAUGACUCUCAUGGAAGGUAUGUUGUUUUGGGAAGUGUAAUUUUAUGUAUUUUGUUACAUAGCAAAAGCUGAAACUGUGAUCACAGCAGAUCAAGUGGUGCGAGGUGGAAAGGUUGGUGAGCUAAAACAGACGGUUGACAAAGCUGUCGCUGCCAGUCCAUGUGUAAAGCGAGUGUUUGUUGCCAGCCGUACUGGAGCAAAUGUUCCUAUGGGAAAACUGGACAUUCCUCUUGAGAAGGUAACUUUCCUAUUUAAUAUUUUGCUGGGACUGUAAUUUUAUCAAGGUAAGUUUAGUUAAUUCCUCAAUCUCAGAUUGCUUCUCACAUGGAUAUGGCUUGACCUGCAAAUGAUGUAGGUCAAAUUUCUGGUUAAUAUAGCUGUAGAUGGAUUUUUUUCUUCUUUCUGUUUGAUAUAAUGAUGGUGAAUACUCUGUGUGAAGCAGAGUAAACUAGAAAUGAGACCCUAAGCUUGAAUUUGACAAUUUGCAUUAAUGAGUGUUCUUUUUUAGCUCAGUUGAUAGAGCUCCUGGCCAUGACAUCUUCAUUUUGGCUGUUUCCCUAAAUACUGUAGCAACAAAAUUUCCUACCUCCUUCCCCAUGGUCUUUGAAAAAAAAUAAUAAAAUAAGUAUUGUACUUCUAAUCUUGUUUGUGCUGCUUAUUAAAACUGUUUCUGUUAACAAUAAUCUCAAAUAGUAACUGUUGUUACCUUAUUCAUGUAGGAAAUGAGUAAACAGUCGACAGAGUGUGAACCUGAGGAAAUGGAUAGUGAAGACAUUUUGUUCUUAUUGUACACAUCUGGUAGCACAGGACAACCAAAAGGUGUGGUCCAUACGCAGGCUGGGUACCUUCUCUAUGCUAAAUUAACACACAAGGUAAGAUUUUCCAGUUGAUGUUCAUGACAUCCCUUUUUGUAAAUUAUAAACUUUUAUCCUAAAGAGUCUUUUGAGUUGAAAUUUUUUGGAUUGUGUGGAUUGUUUGCAGUCUGCUUUCCUACAUGUCACACCAAGUGAGUUCUUUAGCAAGGUUAAAAUUACAACUAAAGAGAGUUUAUUCAAGGAGCCUUAUCCUUAGUUGCUGUUUUGCUGAGUUCAGUUUUGGCUGAAUGUGAUUUAGAGCCAUAUUGAUGUUGCAGAUAUUUUUCCUUAAGCUAUGGAGCAUAGAAUGAAACCAAUUUCUAAAUUAAACCCGGCAUGCAGCAUGUGGCAUCAUUAUUACACUAUCACUCCAAGGUCAUGCUGAAGCCAUUAUGCUAGUUGAAUUUAGGCUUUUACAACGUUUUUUCUAGUAUGUAUUUGAUUACCACCCUGGUGACAUUUUUGGCUGUGUGGCUGAUGUUGGUUGGAUCACAGGGCACACAUAUGUUGUAUAUGGCCCAUUAUCUAAUGGGGCCACCACGGUUCUGUUUGAGAGCACCCCCACAUAUCCAGACCCAGGACGCUAUUGGGAAAUGGUGGAGAGACUGCGGGUGAAUCAGUUCUACGGCGCACCGACUGCAAUAAGAUUGUUACUGAAAUCAAGCAAUUCUUAUGUCACAAAGUAUGACAGGUCGUCUUUGAAACUUCUGGGAACAGGUUAGUUAUCUUAUCAUCUCUACCUGGGCUAAAUUCUCGGGCACAAUGAAAUUUCUGGAGAGUUGAGGUAGUCGGACGUGUAAAUUCAAGCUCCGCAGCUUGGGUUUGGAUCAUAGAAUUCGGGCCGUAUGAGCGGAGCAUGGCAACGGUGCACGAUUACCAGCGAACGGCAGCACUUAACAAAAAAAUUGUUGAAAAACAAUUUAAAAAGUUGCUUCUUUCAGGCGUUAAGUCAGCGAAUAAACAGCGGGAACAAGAUGCUCGCGGAGCGACGCCUAACAAAGCGAGGGAAAGGGGAACGAUUUUUUCCAAGCAAUAUGAAUGUGAAUCGUUAAGGUCUCUUGAAUCUAUAGUAACAUAUAUUUCCUGUCAUUAAUUAAUCUUAAAAUUUGAGCAACGAUUCACACCUAACACGGUGAGGCGCACCUCUUUUCUUUUGUCUUGGUUUGGUCAAGUGAAUUUUUUUCAUUGAAAAACACAGUUGGUGAGCCAAUCAAUGCGGAGGCUUGGUACUGGUAUCACGAUGUUGUUGGGGAGAAGCGAUGUGCCAUCGUGGACACGUGGUGGCAGACAGGUGAGAAUACACUUCAUUAAGUUUACCGUGUUUUUCACUUAUUUCAAUUAAUUGUGAUCAGAUUCACGUGCGAGAAUUAAGAACCUACUAAAGUUAUCUCUGCUCGCAGCUCAGUUGGAAGUAGCCCCUCAACUACAAUAGUAUCUGGGAAGUAUGGGUUAGAAUCCUGUCCUUUCUGCUAUUUCCAGAAGGGCAAUCUCUUUCUUUGGCCGAGGCUUUUUAUGCAUAGACGAACGAUAACAAAUAAAUAACAAGCUAGUUUAUGUGUAAUUAUCAAGUAAACCAUUUUUGAAACGUCUUGUUUUGUUUUUUGUGUUGCAGAGACUGGUGGUAUUCUCCUAUCUCCAAGACCUGCGCCGGAUGAUUCACCCCUCAAACCAGAAUUUCCCACCAGACCUUUCUUUGGUGUGGAACCUGUCCUACUGGAUGAGAAGGUAUUGGAAAUAAAUCGUAGAUAGAGUAGUCUGCGAGGUUAGACUACGAGUAUUCCCUCCUUUUCGGCAAAGUCCGUCGUGUGAGUUAGGAAAAAAAGAAUCAGCGAAUUAACUUAGAGUGGUUACUACGCCGCGCAGAACUCUGAGCCUCACUCCUAGAGUUCCGCGCAGCUCACUACUAUCAAUUUUUUUCUCUGAUUUUUUAUCUUCGCCGGAAAGGAGAACCUGCUCAUAGUCUCUCUGCAAAGUAUAUAUUAUCUCUCGACACUUAAAACCUUUUGCGCACAAUGUAACCUAACCCUCACCCUAACCUCGGGUGCUUUCAUCCUAGAAGACCUCUCACCGCCGUUUGUUUAGCCUACAAGCUUACUCUCGUGUUUAGGUUUUGCUUUAUGGCCCAUUUUCCUGGCAUAGCCGCCUAUUACAUCAUCAGCAGUCGCUUAUGGAAAACAUUAUUUAAACUCCUGUCUAAUCCAAUCUCCGUUAAUGUUAGAAACGGCUCAGGGGUAGAAUAACAUCAUAUCAAACGAUGGAUUGGGAGUUUCUUAUACGGCAGUGAAAACUGAACGAAAAAGGGAUUCAGUCUUUGCUAUUUCCUGCCAUUGCCAUCCCUGUCCUUGCUAUUCUCUUAAAAUUUCAAUUCAAUGUCUGUUCAAUGACUGUCACAGGGUCGAGAGCUGACUGGAAACGACGUGAAAGGCGCCUUGUGUAUACGUACAUCUAUUCCCAGUAUGUCUCGCACCAUAUAUGGUCAUCAUCAGCGGUUUCUAGACACUUAUUACAAUCCUUUCAAAGGUAUGCUCUUUGUAAUGUAAAUACUGAUAUUAAAAAAGUAUUAUGUAGUUAAGUAAGGAAACGAAAUCUUGCUAUUAGGUUUUACUGCAGUGUUCAGAUCGAACAGCUUAUUAUAAUAGGUUAUUAAAAUACGCUUAUCUUAUUUCCAAGCGUUUUGCAUCGGCUGUUUCUGGCCCACGUCUAAGACCUGGCAGUCAAUUUUCCCGCCUUACGCACCGUUCGCAUGUUUUCCCGCGCUGCAUACCGGUUGCAGUAACUACGUCACGGUCUGUUUCUCUUCAGAAACUUUGCUUCAUUUUCAAUUUACUCGUGGGUGAUCUUUGUUAAUCUUCUUCAGCCUCCGCCAUCCUUGAUCCUUUUUGGAUUUUCAUUGCAUCUUUGCCCUUAUCUGCUAAACUUAACUAAGUUUUUUAAGCCUCUUUCAAUUUUAAGGUAGUUUUCAUGUUUGCCUUAGAAGACACAGAGGUAUAGACAGAUGAAGACAAACAUUUUAGGCUCGAAUUUUGAUUGGCCUUUGGUUUCGCUGACGGUCAGUGCAAUACCUUGUUGGUCACCAGUUUUUCCCGUUUUCAGGAUUUUACUUUACCGGUGACGGUGCUUUACGAGACAAGGACGGAGACUACAGAAUUACGGGAAGGAUGGAUGACGUCAUCAACGUUAGUGGCAAGCGCUUGGGAACAGCAGAAAUCGAAGACGCCAUGGUAAGCAAUGAUUGUUUUAAAAUUGUGUGAUUUGAUCGAUUUCAAUGUUAACCCACAAAAGUCAUUUCUCUAGAUUUCUUAUUUGAUGAAAAUCAUCUCUGUUUAACGUGACAUUAGUCACUGCCUAAAAUUUGCCUUCUUUAUGCAUGUUAUGUUUACUAUUUCUCAUUACCAAAUUAUUUUGAUUCACUUUUUCUCCAGGAUUAUCACAAAUCAGUCGCUGAAACUGCUGUCGUUGGAUUUCCACAUCCUGUGAAAGGAGAAGGUCGGUUUCUUAGUAUCUCAGUGUGACAUUCUUUAGAAGUAGUAAACUGACCAAGGUUUUACUUUCAAUUUAAGAGAAUGUUAAGGUUUCAAAUUCCUACAAAUGUAAUGGACUGGUUGAAUUUUUUUUUUCCUCCACCCAGGAGAAGUCGACCUAAUUCUAGUCGCAUCAUGUGACAGAAACUUGGGAAGGGGGGGGGGGGGGGGGAGAUCUCAAUGGAAAUCAUAGGCCACUCAAUCUCAAAGAAUUAACCUCUUUCUCAGCGAACUGUUCCCGGGCAAGCUAUUUAUAUCACCUUGUUUAGAUCACUUCAUUUAUAUCACCUUGGCUUGUUAAGAGACAAACAGCUGUAUAUUUGGUUGGUGUUUUUGCUAGGUAUUUAUGCGUAUGCAACACUAAAGGACGACGCCACAAUUUCUGCGGAAGAUUUAAGAAAAGAACUGAAAGCCAUCGUCCGAGAGAAGAUAGGUUCCUUUGCUGUCCCAGAAGUCAUUCAGGUAAUUCUUCUCUGAUUUUAAUUUGUGUUUGAGACGCAACUCUUCGUCUCAGAAAUUUAGAACGUGGGGGAUUUAUUAGUGCCGGUUGCGCCUUGAACCCUCAACAUCUUUUACCUUUUUUUUAGAGGGGGAGGGGGUACCACUUAAUUUUUUUCGUGCUUAGCACACUAAUUAAGAAAGUGUGUAAGUAACCGAAUUUGACGAGGGUCUGAUUCAGAACGCUUGGAAUAGUUUAAGUGCUUUUCCACCCUUGGAAAGGGUUACGAGUUUCCGUCCUUGGCAUCGUUAACGAAUUUUCCAUGCUUGGACUCGUUACCCAUUUCACUGCUUUGUGACGCCGGUUGCGGCUUUUUUUUUUUUUCCUUUUUUCACCUUCAUUAAUUCUCUGGUUGGCACCUGUUCUAAUCUUCAUGAUUUCCCGCCACUGACACUUGUUGUAUAUUUCUCCGCACCUGACUCCGAUUGUAAUUGCCGAUUGGGUUUCUCAGCGAGCUGUUAUGAUUCUUGGAAUUCGUUACGUACGAAGCAUAUCGGAAACAUCGGUACUCUAUUUGGCGUCUUGCAGUUUGGAAAUUUGAAAGGAUUCAAAGGAUAGUCUGUUGUAAAAGCUUUCACUUCCGAUUUUCUUACUGAGCUAUUGUUUACCAUUUCAAUCUGAUAUUCCGGAGGGUAGCCUGGAAACUAAAAUAUCUUACCUCUCUUUAAUCGAACCCGGUUUUCUUUUCCUUAGGUUGUGUCUGGUCUUCCUAAGACCCGGUCUGGAAAGAUAAUGCGUCGUAUUUUGAGGAAGGUAGCCCAGAAUAAACCCGAUGAACUGGGCGACGUUUCCACCUUAGCGGAUCCUUCAGUUGUGGAGGAAAUUGUUCAGCAACACACCAAGCAUAUGCAGGAGGUGCGAGCGAAACACGGUUGAAGUGUACCACUUGCUGGUGUGAAGGGACGGAAAUGGCAAAGUCUUCUAUAACCACCAUCAUCUUACCAUCAUCUUACUCUUACCUCGCUUUGCAAAUUCUCAGAACUAGUUUUCAACAGAAUAUAUAGUAGUGAGAAAGGAGAAUUAACUGAUUGAUAAUAGGAGUGAACGAGUUCGGAGUUGGCCGUAGUACUUUUUAAGAGUUGACUAUUUUUGAAAACGUUACUUUGCUUGAUUCUCAAAGGGUGUCACGCUCUCUGGAGUUGCACUCGGCCAAGGAAAAAUUACCUUCAACUUGAGGAAUAGUAGAACAUUCGUAAUUUACAGAAAAUAUUCCCAAAAUGUGAAUUGAAAGAUUUGAAAGGCAUUGAGGAUGAUUGAUUUAAGAUGAACAAUAGGAUGAAUAAUCAUUCUUUUUCGUUUCUUUCAAAGCGACAUUGUUUAGUAAAUUUUAAUGUAAAAAAAUGAAUUAUCCGAAUCCGUGGUUAAAAAAUAUUGUAGAGAAAACAAACAAAAAAGUACUAAUACCUAAGGAUACUCUCCACACGAAAAUUGUCAGAACCGACGCGAGAGGCGCGUAAAGAGUUAACUGUUUUUCCCGCUUCUAUUUUUUGAACGCCAUUCACGAUUUUAGUCAACACUGAUGUUUGCUGAGAUUACCAGACCAAGCUUUCAUAAUGAUUACUUUUUCCUUUUACUUCAAUCUUACGCUCUGGUCUGCUUUUUCUGUGAACAUUACUAGCUAUAUGUAGGCACCUUUAGGAAAUUAAAAAUAGUGAAAAAUAAGUAUAAACUAGAAAAAAAAAUUACUAUCACGUACAUUAAGAACUACAAAUUCACUGCAAAUGCGGGAAAAGGAAAAGGAAAAGGAAAAGAUCUCUGACUUUGAACUUUUCUUCUUAAUACUGGCUUUAGGGGAGGAAGUGACUUGUUAGAGCCUAGUCCUCGCUAUUGGUGUUGGCGUAGCUCUUAACUUCCCUUUGGUCAUAAUCCAUGGUACUUUCCUUCUGUUAACUUAUAUUUUUUUUUUGUCAUCUGAGUUAGAGUAUAAAUAGGGACUGUGCGAUUAUGGGAAUGCAGGACCAGUGUAGUAACACUACUGUGAAACACUUUUCGUUUUGUAGUGAGUGCUUCUGUAGUUUGUGAGCUCUAAUUAGUAUGAUAUAUUCUUGUGCAUAUUGAAUUAAGGAAAUAUACUAUAAGUAAUUUUGUAGUAACAGCAUUCCAGCUAAGAACGCCAAUGUUAAUUAAAAAACAACAACAACAACAACAACAACAGCACCUGUGAAAUUUAAAUUCGUUUUGUAGUGAGUGCUUCUGUAGUUUGUGAGUUCCAACUAGUAAAAUAUAUUUUUGCGCAUAUUGAAUUAAGGAAAUAUACUAAAAGUAUGAUGAAAACAUUGAUAAGAAAGUAAUUUUAUAGUAACAACAUUCCAGCUAAGAACGCCAAUGUUAAUUAAAAAACAACAACAACAACAACAACAACAGCACCUGUGAAAUUUAUACAGG